GUCUGAAGUUGUUCAAAAUGGCGAAUUCUAACACAAAUUAUAUUUUAUUCGAGCAAUGGACAACUAACCAGGUGGUGGAUUGGUUAAGAGGCUUAGAUGAUACAAUUUUACCAUACAUUCAACACUUUACCAAUAAUAAUAUUGAUGGUAGAAGACUUCUUAUGUUAACACAUUCAGACCUAGAAAAACUUCAUGUCACAAAACUUGGUCAUCAAGAAUUAAUCCUAGAAGCAGUUGAUCUUUUAAGAUCAUUGAGAUAUGGACAUGACACAGAAAACCUACAACAUCUAGCCUUACAGUUAGGUUGUAAAGCUAGAAGUAUCCAUAAUGAAGUUCAGGCCCAUUGUGGUGAAAAUGAUAUCAACAAAGCCAAUGUUCAUCAUUCUUCUCAUCAUAAUAAACGACUGUCCAUCUCUGUUCUAUCAGGCAUUGCUGAUCUUCUGACAACGCUGAAGAACCUCAUAUCCUGGCUCGAUAGAGCACCAUUUGAAGGAAUAUAUGAUCUAUGUUUAUUAAGGAAUACUAUAUUAAAGAAUGGUAUAGGAUUAGUAACUAUUUCUCAGAGAGAUUCACAAAUUUCUGAUGCUGAGGAACUAAUUAUGAAAGAUUGUGGUGUAUUAGCUGAUAUUUGUGAUGGAUUAGUUACAUCUAGUAAAGAUCCAUUAGUAGUUCAACCAGCAUCAUUAGAACUAGCUACCAUUAGAAAAAAACCUGGCGAGGAAUUGGGCAUGCAUAUACAAUCAUCUUACUAUGGUACACAUGUUCUUAGUGGAGUUAAAGAUAUGUCACCAGCUGAUUUAUGUAGAAAGAUAGAGAAAGGUGAUGAAGUUAUUCAAGUCAACAAUCAAACAGUGCUUGGUUGGCCUCUCAAGAAACUUGUGAACACUCUAAAAGAAAAGCCUAAAGAAGUAGUCUUACUUCUUAAGAAAAGACCAAGACAUAUAAGUCCUUAUGGUACCUUACCUAAUCGUAAUAAUAACAGAAACAAAGCACAAGUUGCCACUCUACCCAAAUCAUUGAAGAAAAGACGUUCUCGAGAUGGUGAAAAACCACAGCGGCCAUCUUUACAGGAAUAUGUUGCUGUUGAUGAGCCAAAUGAGGAAAAUAGGAAUUCUGAAAUUAAGGAUUUGUGUCAGAAAUUCACCGCCAGAGAAGGAACAGAUGGUAAUGAUACAGAUAAUGAUGUUUUCCGUAGUGGUUCAGAAUCACCUCAAUAUACUCUACCAAUAAACAUAGACAAUAAACAACGUAGAGCAACAGUCAGUGGUGGAUCACCUACAUUAGAGCGGCCAUCUUUAGUUAUUGAAGACCUUGACCCUCCUACCCGACCUAAAUCACAGGCCAUCAACGCUUUAGAAAGAAGUGCAGCAUUAGCCGCUUUGAGUGCCACAGAUAGUAGUUUGACUAAUUUAGCUGCUCAUAGAAAAGUGACUCGGAUGAGAUCUCAUGACCUACCAAAAACUAAAAGUAGUUUAACAGUACCAGAUCAGUUUUCAGUCAGACCAGAUACAUUUUCUGUAGUUGGUGACGAUCCUUUAACUAAGCCUACUUCCGAAGAUCCAAAUAAAACACCAACCAGUAACUCUGGUAUGAACGAGGAUGUGACAGUGAGGAAAGAAAAAGGUGACCCAAAGAAUCAGGAAUUCCGUGUAACCAGACCAACUCCUAUUAUAUUGAACGUUCCAGAAACACCACCACAGCAACAUCGUCUCUCCAAACAGAAAGUUCUAGAUCGUGAAUUGGCGUCUGAUACCCCAAAUAAACACGAACCACAACUCAUGAAAAUAAAAAAGUUAAAUUCCUUGACACAAUCUGACGUAGAGAAUAAGAAUUAUGUUGAAAGUGAGGUAGAUGGUAAAGGUGAUAUGGGUACUAAACAUGUUGGCUUUACAGCUGAUACUAAAGAAGACAAACAGCCCGAACCAGUCAGCUAUACACAUAUAGUAGUCGGUGGUGUUAUACAAAAGAUACCCAAUGAUCAGGCUAUCUGUACAGAGGUAACUAUAAACUGGCCAAGUUAA